AUGAAGGGUAUGCUAGCGCGUGCGAUUCGCACUCAAAUCAGAUUUUCAUCUCAAAGGGCAUGUCUUAUCUCUCCAGGUGUGGUUUCCACCGUGGUUACAAAAGCACCUCCCAUUAAUCAUAGUCCACAGCAAGCACAGUCCAGGAAGAGGCUACCUACACGUUGUGGUGCUUUAGCGGUAAAGCGUGGAAUGAUGCCAUAUUUCGAUUCUGCCAAUGGUACACGUGUGGCUGCAACUGUACUUGAAUUAAAUAAUGUCGAAGUUUUGAUGCACAGAACCGUUGAGGAUAACGGCUACUUCGCAUGCCAAGUGGGAUUUGGUAACAAGGAUCCUAACAAGAUUUCGCGUCAAAUGUUAGGUCACUUUGCCUCAAAAUUGGUAAAUCCAAAACAAAAAGUCGCUGAGUUCAGAGUAAAAAAUGAGCAGGGUCUGCUGCCACUUGGAACGCUUAUAAGGCCUUCAUUUUUCCAACCUGGCCAAUUUGUGGACCUAAGAUCCGUAAGCAAGGGUAAGGGUUUUGCAGGUGUCAUGAAGCGUUAUAACUUCAAAGGUUUAAAAGCAUCUCAUGGUGUUUCCAUUUCUCAUAGAAAGGGUGGAUCUUAUGGUCAGAACCAAACGCCGGGUCGUAUUUUACCUGGGAAGAAGAUGCCUGGUCAUAUGGGUGUUCAACAAGUCACAAUUCAAAACUCGCAGAUCCUAAGUGUCGAUGAUGAGAAUGGCGUGGUAAUCGUCAAGGGCUCUGUUGCAGGCCCUUCCGGGUGUUACGUUAGGAUUCAAGAUUCCAUUAAAAAGGCACCUGUAUUUUGA